GCCUGCCGUUUUAGAGCAACCCGUCGUCCACGCCAGGCACCUGGCCAAUCCGCCACCCACCAUGACCAAGCGUGGUAGGCGGGUGCCCACAGGCGGCACCAGUGGCCGUCCGGCUAAAGCGAUCAAGGGGGCCAACGCUGCGGCCGCGAGAAAUGCAAAGGCUAUGAACAAGCUCCUGGAUGAUAAGAAGAAAGGGCGGCCACCGCCGCUGCCGAAGCAGCUCUCGCGGCCAAGGAAGAAGAGGUGAAGGCCAUGAAGGCGUCAGUGGCCAGGGAUCGGGAGAAGCUCGCGCGGGAAAUCGCGAGGUCGAACGUGCUUCAACAGCAGCGCGAACGGCGAGAGCAGGAUCGUGUCAACAAGGCUGCUGAAGGGGCGAAUUCCAAGCUUCUCCCUCUCGCGCUGGAGUUUGUCUAGGACUCUGUGCAAUCGCUGAGGCCCAAGACUGGAGAGCUCACCACCCUGCAGCAGUCGCGGAUUAUUCUCAUGCUGUACUUCGACCUGGUGAAAGGAGUCAGCUCUGAGAACCACGCAAAGGAGCAGGUCGCGAAAACCUUGAGGAUUGGUACGGACAAGGUCCUGGCGGUUCGCACACUCUGGUAUGACAAGCAGGAGUUGUACGAGACCAACGGGAAGGGGCGAGGCAAGGCCACCAGCGUCGAUGACGGGCGACGUGUCAUCACCAAGGAGCAGAGGAUGGACUGAACGAGUUCAUCAAGGGCGAGCACGAGGGGGGACGUCAGGUCUUCCGCCGUACCGUCAAGGAUUACUUGGAGUGUUCGUACGGAUUAGAGAUGUCGAAUCGUGCCGUGGGAGGGUUGCUGCAGCGCCGUGGCUUCAAGCGCCGUAGGGGUAGGAUCAAAAUACCUCCGUUGAACGAGGAGAGGAAAAACCGCAUCCGCCUCUUUCUUGUUAAGAUGGACCUCGCGAAGAGGACCGAGGACGCUGGGGUCGCAGUCAUUUUCAUUUGUACAUGGAUGAGAGCUUUGUUCACCAGGCGCAUGGUUCCGCGUACUCGUACUUUCCAUCUGACGAUAAGGGGGUUGUGCAGGAUGGGAUAGGCCGUACAACGGGGAAAGGUUUGCGUAUGAUAUUGUGCAUGCGAUCACGAAGCACGGGCCCUUUACCGAGCUACAGGAGGCAUUUCCUAUCCGUGAGGGUUGGUUCAAGGCUAAGGAAA